UUUGUUGUCUGUGGUUGACGCAUGUCAAGUAAUGCGUUUAUGUCACUAAUUUUCAUGAAAAAUUACAUUGGUUUUGUAAUAAUUACAAGUAAUAUUGAAGUAAAGAUUAGUCUAAAGUGAUUAUUAGUUUAGGAUGAGGCGAAAAAGUACACGUAACGUGAAAAAGAGCCCGGAAAAGCCGGCGAAAGAGGAGACGCCCACAAGAUCUCGUAGAUCGUUGCGGGCAAGAAAAGCGUCGGUAGACGAAUCAGGCGACGAUAGUGAUAUUGAAAAAGUGCAAAGAGUUAGAUCGGACUACGAGUCCGAGAACGACUCGAAAAACGAGGCGUCGGAAACCGAGUCUAUAACGGACGGCAAACCUAGACGGAAGCGAAAAGAGGAUACUGGAUCUACUAAAAGAUCGAGACGCACUCGCGGGCGAGUAUCGCCAAUUAAAGAGGAAACGGAGAAAGAGCGAGAAAAUCAUGACAGCGAUCGCGAACCGGAAGAGAAAAAAGGUAAAGGUAAGUCUAAAACAAAAUCCAAAAUAGACCAAUCUUCAAAUAUCGAACCAGAAACACAGUCGAACAGUGAAAUUUCUGAAAAUGUACAGGUGACACUUCAGUCACCCCCAGUUGAUAACGAACACGUUGACGAAAUUAAUAAAAACGUUGUUGAGCAAACUGAGAAUGAAACUAUGGAAUCUAGUGAAAGUGUUAAAAACACUGAGGACAAUAAUACUGAAAAUUCCAAACUACAACCCCAAAAUACUGUCAAAGGGGAACAGCAAAUUGACCCUCCAGAAAAGUUAAACAACUCUGUUGAGGAACAAUUAGCUUUACUUGAGGCUGAACCAGAAAAGCAAAAUGAAGCUGAAGCAGACAAGCACACUGAAGCCAAACCAGACAAGAAAAGUAAAACUGAUGUUGAAUCGGAAAAGCAAAGUUCAGCUAAAUCCGAACAGCAAAGUGAAGCUAAAGUUGAAUCAGAGAAGCAAAUUGAAGCUGCAGUAGUGCAACAAAUAAAAGUUGAUGUAGAACAACCUAAAACUGAAGCUGAACAACAAGAAGCUAAACCGGAAGCAAAAAAUGGGGCUGAAACAGAAAAUGUGAACGAAGCUAAAACAAAAGAUAUAAAAGGAAAGGUUAAAGAUAAUAAAAAAACUGAUGAGUGGUCUUCAACUUAUGAAAAACAAAACAAGAAAGAAGAGAAUCACAAAGAUAUGAAUAAUGAAGAUUCUCCAAAGAAAUCCAGAAGGAGUUGGGUUACUUCGGGAAGUGAGGAGGUCAGGAAACGAAAAAUCAGUUCUGGGUCAAUGGACACUGAAAAAAAAGAACCACAAGUGUUUAAGAAAACCACGAAAAAGAUCAAGCUGGUCAGACGCAGCUAUUGCGAGCAAUCUUCGAUCGACGAGAGCGAACCCGGCGUCGAAGCGCCUUCGAUUCCAAAACGUCGCAAAAAUUGGGGUUCGGUGGAUUACCGAAGCUCCGACGUGUGCAAAGUGGACGUGGAAUCGUUGAAGGAAGUCUGCCCAAAGCUGGAGUUCCUCGAAGAGAACGAAGUCAAGUUGGAACCGGCGAUCAGAAGAGGCAGCCAUGUUUCGGUCGAAAACGAAAAAGUGGCGAGGGAACGCCGCGAAUCUGCGGAUCGAAAGUCCGAAUCGGACAAGUCUGUUAUCGAGGGGGAAAACGAAGAACCCGUGGUGGACAAAAAUAUCAUCGCCAUGAACAGGAAGAUCAGCAUCGUGGACGACACGGCCAGCAAGUUGAAGCCGCCCCCCAGUCCCGCCAAAAACCCCGUAUCCGAAGUUCUGUACAUUUCCAACUUGGUGCGACCGUUCACUCUGAAAGCGCUGAAGGAGUUGCUGGAACGCACGGGCAAGCUGAAGGAGGAAAAUGGAUUAUGGACCGACAAAAUUAAAUCCAAAUGCAUAGUGGAAUACGAAACGGCAGAAGAGGCAGAAGCGACCAGGAAUGCCCUUCAUGGAAUACAUUGGCCAAUUGGUAACGGAAAAAAGUUGCAGAUAGAAUAUUCCACCAAAGAAGAGUUGGAUAAAGCUUUUAAUCCACCACCAAUUCCGGUUCCUGUUAUUCCUGAGAAGGUUGAAAAGGAAAACAAGGAACCAACCGAACCUGUCGACAACACCAAGCACGGCAAAGACAAGGAGAAGGAGGAGAAACGACGAAGGAGCGGCGAACACGUACGAGAGUGGGAUCUGGGUAAAGAGGACCGCAGGGGCCGGUCUCGAAGCCGAGAAAGGGUCAGAAAAUACAGUAAGCGCUCUCCUAGUCCAUCAGAUGAUUUCAUUGGCAGAAAAAAUAGAAAAGCCGAAGAAGCAGUACCGCAAAAAUUAAUGGACGAUUUGUUCUUGAAAACGAAAGCUACACCAAGCAUUUAUUGGCAGCCCCUUUCUCCGGAAGAGAUUCAAAUGAAGCAGCAACAAAGGGAGAUAAGAAUGGAGGAGCACAAGCGACGAAUGGAGGGAACGAGACCGCCGAUGGGCGGCGGUAGCGGGGGUGGCGGCGUCAGGGAUCGUGGCGGUCGAGGCGGGCCGCCGUACCGACGUCGAUACGAUUAACCAAUUAAUUUUCAGGCUUUUCAGAUUUUAAUCGAGUGCGUGACGCGUGCAUGUCGUGUUCCUCUCUUUCACUCACUAGAAACUUCCAUUCAUUUUAUUUCGUAGCCCUCUUUCUCACAUUUCCCGACUCCCCUUUUUUGUGUGAAUGAUGACGAAUGAAUGCUUUGAAGUAAUCCUAAUUUUUUUAGGAGCUCGAUGAAGAAGAUUUAGGUACAGGAGAGGCGGUUCUUCUCGAUAUUGUUUUGGAGGGCAGUUUUCCACGUUUCGAUUAAAAUUUUUGCAUUCUAAAAACACGGUUUUUGACAAAGAUGAAUUAUAAACGUUUAUUUUAUCCUUAGUGUUUGUAAUAUACAUUCAUUCAUUGAAUAUAAUUAAUUUUACAAUC